AUGUCGGUUAGAACAUCAAAAAAUGGAUUAGUUCAUUGUGGUAAGAGGCUUGCACCAGGUGGCUGGCAACAAGAUGUUGAAACAACGAUUAAAGCAAAAUAUUUACCAUUUUGGAAUUUUCAAAUUCAAGGCACUAUUGAAUAUAUUGGAGAUUUAGCAACAUUUAGAUUGGAAAAAAAAGGUGCCUAUCGAUUUCGUAUUAUCAAUGAAUGGAAUACUGUGGAAAUGUUUUUAGACAAUGUGAAGUUAGACAAUAUCAAUGUUUAUGCUGCUUAUACUCAUGAUAGAAAUCAUUUGGAUUUUACGCAGAUAUUAUUUGAACAUCAUCCACAACAAAUUACAGUUAAAGAUGAAUACAUUCAAACUGAACAGUAUACAAUUGAUAGCGAAACAGCAUUUCAAAUUGGAUGGGAUCUAGGUAUAGUUUAGCAUACAGACAAUAAAUGUUCUACACUAUUUUAGUUUUUUAUCCUUGCCUAUCCUAAAAUGUUUUUGUCGACAGAUAACAAAUUAUAUCUUCGAAGAUAGAGCAACUUUCUGCUUGUAACCUUGAAAAGUUUACCAAAUUUAUCAUUAUUUUAUAACUUUUAUCUCGAAGAAAAUAGAAACCUUUGAAAAAUCUGUCACGCAAUUUGUCGCUAUUUCCACUAAAGGGUGGUCAAAAAGUUUUAUCUAAUUUCUUUUUAAUAAUUACGAGAAGAAAUGGUAGUUAACAGUCAAAAUUCAACAUUUUUUGUGCACAAAUGACUUGAAAAGGCUCUUUUGUCGUUUAUUAUAUUUCGAACACUACUUUAUCUCGGAUAAAAAUCGAAAGAUUAUUAACAUAAAAACAGUAGUUGAAAUGCACAAAUGAAUAUCAUUACUUUGAUGUUCUGUAUAUAAAACUCGACUUAAAUUUAAUUAUAUUUAGUAAUUUUACAACCGCCUUCUUAGUUACUAGAGACUCAGACAGAAUUCAUUUCUGAAAGAAUCAAAGAAGAUACCAC